UUCUCCUUCAAUUCUCCUCUCUCUUCCACUUCAAUCCACAACCGGAGCCCUCUGUGUUCUCGACUUCCUUCAGCGCUUCCCUCUCUCCUCCCGUCCGCCUGAGCUAAAGCCGUUCCUAUACACACAUAUAUAUGCGUUUGCUUUAGUGGUGUGGAUUUGUGUGUGUGCUCGUCUCCAGUAUUUUUGUAGGCAUAUGGAUAACAGUUCUGUUGGGAACUCAGAAAUGGUGACUGAAGCUGGAUGGUAUAUUCUUGGUGAAGAUCAGCAACAUGUUGGUCCAUAUGCAUUUUCUGAAUUGCGUGUUUUACAAGUAUCAAUAGCACGCUGUAUCAUGUUCACUUGGUUAAGAGCUAUUGAAACAUCUAUUUAGUUAUUUAUUCGCCCUGGGCAGAGCAUUUUCUAAAUGGGUAUCUCUUGGAAAGUACACUGGCCUGGUCUGAAGGACAAAGUGAAUAGCAGCCAUUAUCUUCUGUUCCUGGGUUGACAACGAAAGUAUUUGAACAAGAGUCUGAUUCGUCAGCUGCAGUUCCCGCCAACGAUGAUGAUGAUGAGCUUGAGAAAUAUCAGAAGGGAGUUGGAGAAGUAGCCACAGCUGAAGUGUCUAAUCCUUCUGGUAGUAGGAAUUUUGGUAUGGUGGAAGGUGAUCUGGACAGACCUACUACACCACGAGAGGGAGAGGAGGAAUUCACCGAUGAUGAUGGGAUUACAUACAAGUGGGACAGGGCUCUCAGGGCCUGGGUACCUCAGGAUGAUGCAUUUUUUAAACAUGAGCAAUAUGGGCCUGAAGACAUGACUUUCAUGCAAGAAAAAGUCUUUCCACAGCUUGAAGCCGAUGCUCCUUGCACGUCCAUCAAAGGAGAAGGUGAUUCUGUUCCUUCCACCUCCAUCAAGGAAGAAUAUGAUCAUGUCACAAAAGAAGCUAACAGAAAAAGUGAGGAGAUUGUAACCAAACAGAAUGGGAGGAGAAAAUUGUGUGACAAUCAAAUUGAGAAAAAGGAAGCAAAUAUGUUCUGAUGGUUGGUUUGAACUAAAAAUAAGUUGUGGAAGUUUUUUCAAAAUGUGGAAUAAUCAAGGAGGUGGAAAAAUUAUUAUGUCUGUUAGUCGAGCUAAGUUUGAGCAAAAAGGGGAUACAUUUGUAGCCAAAAAAGUAGACAACAAGAAGAAAAAGAAACUCAAAAAGGUUGAAGAUAAGAUACUUGGCUGGGGUUUGGUGGAAGACAAAUUCAUGCAAGCGAGGACGAUGGUUUAGUGAACCAUGGUUUGGUGAGGGAUCUUGAAGCCGAUGCUGCUCGUUUGGAGCAGUUUGGCUCUGAACUCGAGGCUGACUAACUCUGUACUCCUCUACUACCCAAAGUUGUUCAGGUUUUAUAAUCAAGCCUUAUGCCUGUAUGAAACUCUUACCAUUUUGUACGCUUUAUUCAGAUUAAUAUGGCCUUCCUAAUGUUGCACCUAAAACAUUUACGACUUUUAAGUCUUGUGGUUUCUAUAAUGAAGGACCUCAUAAAGGAGAUGCUCUAAGUUAAUGUUGAUUCCACUUUGAGAUACGAAAGGCUUUUACAUAUAAUUGUUGAAGAGUACAGAGAGGUCGACUAAUUGUUGGAGAUCACUUAUAAAUGUGGUUAGGAAUAGGAAGUAAGCAAAUUUGUCUUACUAGGCCAACAAGGUAAAAGCUGGAAAGAGGAAUGAAUUGGUUGAUAGGAUUGAUGGAGAAGGCUGGUAUUAGAGAUUGACUUUGUAUAUUCUCUGGUAUAGGAGAUUGGGCUGACAUUUGCAGCUAGAUUAAUGGAAAGAAAAUCCAAGUAGUUACUUGUCGUUUUAGAAACCAGCUCAAUCUGGCACUUACCUAAGAAAUUUGAGAAAAAUUCAGCUUGAGGAAGCCUGUGAAAAGUGAUCUCGAAUACACCCGACAUGUAAGUGACCAUAUGGAGCAAGUUUUAAGAAAUACUUGUAGGCAUUGAUUAGGAACAUGAACAAAUGAUUAGAAAUCGCGUUUAGGAGCCUAAUCAACCUAGAUUCAUGAUAGCUAAGCCUA